GCAUUGCCAAACCGUGUUGCAGUUCAAACUUGUCGGUCCGUUGUAGUAAGUAUAUACAUGGCGCGAAGUGUUGCGACUUGUCUGCAUUAUAAUAUAUUGUUAACAUGAAUCAUGCGACGCCGAUCUUGAAAAAUGCGAGUUUCGCGUAGAUUUAUUGUUUGUGUUUUGAUCGAACUUCUCAACAUUUUGUCGAGUCUUCACAAUGUCUCAGACGACGAGGAAAAAACGACUAAAGGGGUCGCAGAACGCGAGCAAUCUGCCUAGAAGAGAAGACAGCGACAUUGCAAAUUAUUUCAAGGAUUGUUUAACUAUUCUUCCUGAUAAGGCUGAACCCAACGAGAAUAAGGUGCCAAAGACUAAGCAUGCCACCACAACAAAGAGUAGUAGAACGAGAGGCAACUCAAGACCUGUUGGAAGUAAAUCUAAACUUGAUACUUUGGAUACACUUGUUCCUCCCAAAAAGUGGAAAGUUGCAUUGGCAGAGAAGACAGCUAAUGUUAAUACCAGUGAUGGAAAUAAUAAGAGUCAUGACACAACUCCAAAUUGUCUCUCUAUUGCAAGGUCUCAAAAAUCUUUUACAUCAUUCAAGAACAGAAGUAAUGUCUUCAACAAUAUCACUGACAGCUUUAGUAGCUCAAAAAUCUUGAGUGCUCAAGCGCUCAGCAGUAUUGACAGUCAGAAGCGCCUUGAACUGGCUAGUUGGGGACUGCCUCCUCUUAUUCUCGAGAAGUAUAAAGCAAGAGGAAUCAAGACCAUGUUCCCGUGGCAAGUAGAAUGUUUGGCGAAUAAAAAGAUUCUAGAAGAAAAUAAGAACCUUGUUUAUUCUGCACCUACUUCUGCUGGUAAAACACUAGUUGCUGAGUUCCUUAUGUUAAAAACUGUUUUGGAGCGCAAAAAGAAGGCCAUUUUUAUCUUGCCGUUUGUUUCUGUUGUCAGAGAAAAGAUGUUCUACUUUCAAGAUCUGCUUUCUGAUAGUGGAGUAAGAGUGGAAGGCUUCAUGGGAGGUGUUGCUCCAGCUGGAGGCUUCUCAGCUGUUCAUAUUGCAAUAGCCACUAUCGAGAAAGCCAAUUCUUUGGUAAAUCGUUUGAUGGAAGAUGGUGAUUUAGUCACACUAGGAGCAGUUGUUAUUGAUGAGUUGCAUCUUCUUGGUGAUCCUGGUCGAGGCUAUUUAUUAGAGCUUCUAUUAACAAAAUUGAGAUACAUGACUCUGAGUGUUGAAGAAGUAGAUAUUCAAUUGAUCGGUAUGUCUGCUACUCUACCUAAUCUGCCAUUGAUAGCUGAUUGGCUAGAUGCUGAACUUUAUAAGACUGAUUUUAGGCCUAUACCCCUCAAUGAACAAUGUAAAUUUGGGUCUUCUCUUCUUGAUGCUAAAAAAAAUAUUAUCAGAGAAUUGCAACCAGCACCAGACAUAGUGAAUGAUACAGAUAACAUCAUUCAGUUGUGCAUAGAAACCAUAAACGGUGGCCACGGAACCCUUAUCUUUUGUCCAACUAAAAACUGGUGUGAAAAGUUAGCCAUUCAACUGGCUACUACAUUUUUUCAAUUAGGUCGCGAUAACACACCGCACGGUCAAAUUCUGCGAAAGAAUAUCGAAUUAGAGUCUCUUCAAGAAGUUCUACUUCAACUUAAAAGUUGUCCUGUCGGACUGGACAGCGUUUUGAGGAAAACAGUGUCUUACGGAGUAGCUUUUCAUCAUGCUGGCUUGACCAUGGACGAGCGCGAUAUCAUCGAGGGUGGAUUUAGGGUAGGAUCGCUCAAAGUUUUAAUAGCCACAUCAACGUUGAGUAGCGGGGUUAAUCUUCCAGCAAGAAGAGUAAUCAUUCGCUCGCCGAUGUUCAAUGGAAAACCUUUGGAUAAGCUGACCUAUCAACAGAUGAUUGGUCGAGCUGGUCGUAUGGGCAAAGAUACAGAAGGUGAAAGCAUUCUGGUUUGCAAACCAAACGAACGUCAAGCUGCAACGACUUUAAUGACAUCAAGUCUGGAUCCCAUAGUAUCUUGUUUGGAAGGCUCAGGGCCACUUAUUCGAGCGCUUCUUGAAGCUGUAGCAAGUCAAGUCGUGCGUACUCCGGAGCAUCUCGAUUUUUAUAGCAAGUGCACUUUCGUCUACAAGUGCGAGGAAAGUGAAGUCAAGGAAAUGGUUGACGAAGCCGUCAAAUUUUUAAUCGCCAACGAAUUUUUACUCGUAAAAGAUUCCGAAGAAAAAGAGAAGCGAAUGGUAGCUACUUGUCUAGGUAAAGCCUGCCUCUCUGCCUCGAUACCUCCACGCGAAGGCUUAUUUUUGUUUGAGGAGUUACAAAGAGCGAGAAAGUGCUUUGUAUUGGAUACCGAACUACACGUCAUUUACCUGGUGACACCUUUCAACUCAGGCAGUCAGAUCAAUCAGAUCGAUUGGAUGAUUUUUCUCGAACUAUGGCGUGCACUGUCCGAGAGUGAGCGACGCGUCGGACAACUUGUGGGUGUCGAUGAGAGAUUUUUAAUGACUUCGAUGCGCGGUAUAGUCAAAGCUGGAAAACCGCUGAAUAUUCAUCGAAGAUUUUUUACGGCGAUGGCAUUGCACGAUUUAGUACGGGAAGUUCCACUAAAUACUGUUUGCAAAAAAUAUAACUGCUGUAGGGGCUUGCUACAGAGCUUGCAGCAGUCUUCUGCAACUUUUGCUGGCAUGGUGACCAACUUUUGCAAAGAACUGAAAUGGGACUGCAUGGAGUUGCUAUUUGCGCAAUUUCAAGCUCGAUUACAGUUUGGUGUGUGCAGGGAUCUGUUGGACCUUCUUCGACUUCCUAGUCUAAACGGGCUUCGGGCUCGAAGUUUGUUUAAACAUGGAAUUACAACUGCAGCUGAACUCGCUGUAGCCAAUGAAAUCGAGGUUGAAGAAGCGCUAAACAAAGCUCUACCUUUUGAAAGUGAAAAAGAUUUUGAUGGAGACAACGAAGCCGAAGUAGCAAAGAGGACCAAGAUGAGGACUGUAUUUAUCACUGGUAAAGACGGUAUGACUGCACGCGAAGCUGCUGUGAUUGUCAUUAAAGAAGCUCGAGCUUUAGUGAAGAACGAACUCGGCGUACAAGACGUAAAGUGGAGCCAACUUAACAAAAGCAGCAAUCAUUCUGUUCCAAAUUCACCAACUGAAAACUUAGCUAGCUUGCAACCUCUGAGCAUGACGAACAAUGAGCCAGUUACACGAAACGUCUCCGUCGAAGUGCACGCAGUUGCCGUAGAACCAAAAGACAAAGUAGUUGAUGAGCCGAUGGAAGUCAUUCUAGAAGUAAACGAGGAUAUCGACACACAAAAGACCAUUCGAAAUAAGAACGACGAGAGCCUUCCAGUAUUUUCUCAAGAUGUAGUAAACGUAAGUGACAGGCCUGAAGAGACCAGUUCCAGAUCACUCAGAUCAAACCUUGCAGAAAAAGUAAACGCCGUCACACUUACUGAGAAAACGCCAGAAAAUACAAAGGACAUAGCUACUGAUAAUCAGAGACUUUCAACGUCACUUACCGACGUGAUAAACGUAAGUGACAAACCUGAGCAGACCAACUCAAGAACGCUCAGAUCCAGGCUCGCGGAAAGAUCAAGAAGAAGUUGCCUAAAGGAUGACCACGUAACGAUAAGGUCAAUAGAUUUUCAGGACUCGCCUAAGAAUGAAGAAGCCUCCAACAAUAAGUCUACGUCUCCAAAUUCAGAAUCUUUUAUCAUAAGCGAGCGGGCUCUAGACGAGAUAAUGCAGGUUGCCAAACACGUUGACAAAAGCGAGAAAUUUUCCAGCACAAACGAAAAAACGCUGCAGGCUACAUCGAAAUCGUUGCAAAUAAAGAAUAACGGAAAAGAUAAUCACGUGACAAUCUGUUCGAUGGACUUUCAAGAUUCUCCAAAGGCUCAGGAGACCAAGAAACCUACAUCGAAAUCGUCGCAAAUAAAGAAUAACGAAAAAGAUAAUCACGUGACAAUCUGUUCGAUGGACUUUCAAGAUUCUCCAAAGGCUCAGGAGACCAACAAACCUGCACCCCCGCCUACACAAUCGUUCAUAGUCAGCCAACGCGCAAUCGAUGAGAUAAUGCAAGUGGCAGAAGAAACCAAUAAAAAAUCCUCUGGCGAGUUCGUUAUUCCAGCACCGGUAAUCGAUCCGAAGGCCCAGGGAGAGAAAAAGCGAGACUCUGGUGAAUCAAACUACUCUAAGAGCCCUAGUCUGUUUAGCGAUAGUUCUUUUAUGGACGGCCAAAUCUGUAGCAUACUCGAGAAGAACGUGCUAGAUUCUGUGUGCAUGACAGAGUUUGAGAAAAGUAACUUCUCUCAACAAAAUCAGGGGCAACAGAUCUCCAACACAGUAACGCAUAGUAGUGGCACAGCUCCCGAUAAAAAAGCUGCAGCUCCAAAACAACUGACACCCAAGACUUUGUUUAUCGCAUCUGUGACCAAUGAAAAUGACAAAGUGGUCAAAGAAACUGUAUCUAUAACACCAACAACAUCAACUUCCAGUGAUCCGAAGCAAGCGAUAAUGAACUGGACAGAAGACUCCUGGGACCAAGCGAAGAAUCCACCUAUUUCAACUGAGAAGCCAGCGGACAAUAAAAUCGUCGAAACUGACGACAGUCCUUCUCUACUACACGUGACGACAACGAGGGCGAGGGCGACACGGCUAAAAACACUGGCGGCUAGUCAGCUGGCGCUCAGUAAAAUCCAGACGUCCAGUGCAAAGAAUCAGGUUAUCGAUUCACCGCUGAUUGGCUCACCAAAGUUUUUGACGAGAAAGAUUAUUGACAAGGACGAAUCCGAAAGGUCGCCAAUUGCCGGUAUAAGGACGUACAACACCCGUAGGAUUCUACUUCCAAGCACUACUACUAGUUCCAACAAAUCGGACUCAGAGGACUCUAUAAUCAGCUCACAAACAGUAAAUCGCAACAAGACCCGCACUAAGAUAGAGAAGAGAGUGUUGGCGACGCAAAAGUUGGGAAAAUCGGCAAGGGUUAAAGAAAUCACUCCCAGAGUUACUUGUACAGCUAUGCCGAGACUGCUGAAAGAAAAUUCCGAGCCACUUUUUGAUGAUUUGAGUUCUGGAGAGGAUGACGUAGCGAGUACCGGUAGCGGAUUGAUGUUCGAUUCAGAUGACACAGUGAAAUCGCAAACGAGAAAUUCGAAGAAGAUAAAAGAAGACAGCUCGUCAGUUUACAGUCUUCAGUUCCGUCGAAGCGGCGGCUGUGCUAGUAGUAGUGAAGAGAAAAUAAGUUUGAAGACCGUUGAGCCAGUGAACGUGGCUAAUUCGAAGCGAACUUUUCGUCUCUUUCGAGCUGAUAUCGAAGGUAUGAAAGCGGACGAGCGUCGAAAAGAUCUGGCGGUCGCUUUUGUUACGGAACAUUGUACUAGAGAGCCAACUUGUACGAUAGGAAAUAAGAUCGUUGGUAUCGAGGAAAAGAAAAAGAAAGAGAAAAAAGCGGAUGCCUACGUUUACGGUGAUCGAAAGUUAUGCGGAAUCGUCAUAUCAUGGGGAACCAAGGCCGUCUAUUACAUGCCUUUUGGAAUUACGACAGAAACGAAAAUAACGAUAAAAGAGAGAAUGAGUUUUCUUCGGGAUAUACUUUCGGAUGCCUCGGUGACCUUGCGCUGCUUCAAUGCAAAAGACGUCUACAAAAUGUUCUACAUCUGCUGUGAGGUUGAACCUAAUUGUUCAUUUCUGGACCCGAAGGCUGGCGAUUGGCUAAUGAAUGCUGAAACAUGUAAUAAAGGCUACACGGAACUGGCGGCGCAAUAUUUCCCAAGAGGUAUAGACAUAGCAAACGCAUGUGAAAAUAACUACGGAACUUAUGUACUGACGAGAGACGCACGAGCGGGCGCUAAAGCUCUGCUUGCCUGGUACGUUGCUAAUGCCGUCGUAGAAGCAGUAAAAGAGUUCAGCCCGAUUUCUUUAUCGGCAUACAAAGAUAUCGAGAUGCCAACAAUUCUUAUUUUAGCAAACAUGGAACUUAGGGGCUUCGGGAUAAACGUAGAAUCCUUGCAGGAAUUGGCUACUGUAAUAAAGAACGAUUUGGGUCGUAUCGAAGAAGAAGCCUUUCGCGCUGCUGGUAGAAAGUUUAAUUUCUAUUCGUCAAAGGAGGUGUCUCAGGUUCUUGGAUUGAAUAAAAGGGGUAGAGCUUGCACGAAUAAGAACGCUUUGAAGUCGUGUGAAAAUCCAAUUUCUAAUCUCGUAACACUCUGGAGAAAAUUAACUACUGUGCAAACAAAAAUCGUAUUUCCGUUGCUGCAAUUGGAGAGAAAGAACAACCGAAUUCACGGAAACUGCAUCACUUAUACUGUGACUGGGCGCGUUUCCAUGCACGAACCAAAUUUGCAAACUAUUCCUCGAGAUUUCAAAUCAGAUAUAAGUGGUUGUAUACUCAGUGUACGGAUGGCCUUUGUUCCUGCGUCUGGCAAUAUAAUGCUAUCGGCGGACUUCUGCCAGUUGGAACUUAGAAUCUUAGCUCAUUUUUCGCAAGAUCCUGUAUUGUGUAAACUUUUACAUGGAAAGGGAGACAUAUUCAAGAGCAUCGCUGCCCGACUUAAUAAAACGACAGAAGAGCAGGUGGACGAUGACAUGCGACAACGAGCCAAACAGUUAUGCUAUGCUAUGAUCUACGGUAUGGGUGCGAAGUCAUUAGCCGAGACCCUCUCAGCCACCGAGUCCGAAGCCAAGGACUAUCUUGAGGCGUUCAUGGGUACUUACAAGGGCAUCCGCGUCUGGUUGACUGGCGUUUGCGAGCAAGCUCGAGUUGAGGGUUUUGUGUCAACAAUUGCAAAUCGACGACGUAUUUUGCCGGGAAUCAAUAGCAAAAUAUCAGCUGUUAAAUCGCAAGCGGAGCGACAAGCAGUCAACACCAAAGUGCAAGGCUCAGCAGCUGACAUCACGAAGAAGGCGAUGGUCUUGAUCGAGUCGAAGUUAAAAGAAGAAUUUUCGUAUUUGCCGAUAACUUUUCCAGCGACACAGGGUAAACGUAAGAUACAAAGCAGUGAUGCGGAUUCGAGGCCCCGAGGUGGCUAUCUGAUAUUGCAGCUACACGAUGAACUACUUUAUGAGGUAAAUUCAAGUGAUUUGCGACAAGUAGCUCGUAUCGUCAAAGAGUCGAUGGAACAUGCUUUCGAACUUCGCGUACCACUGCCCGUGAAAGUGAGAACUGGUACGGCUUGGGGCAACCUCGAGGAAUAUCAAAUUUAGAAUAUUUGCAAAGUAAUAAUUACGGGUGAUAUUUUAUGAUAGCAAUAUUUGAUUUCAUCACUCGCUAUAUAAGUUUAUCUAUAUUUCAAGAAAGUAUAAAUAAACUUAUAUGCGGUAUUGAUGAAAUUUGUUAUAUGUUUGUAGUUUUCAAUUAUGAUAUUUUA